AUGUCUAUCGAAUCCCGUAUUGCUUCACUCGGUUUGAAGCUCCCAUCGGCUACAUCGCCUCUGGCGAAUUACGUUCCCUUCAGGAGGACAGGCAAUCUCUUGUUUUUGAGCGGGCAGAUCCCCAAGGGAGUGGACGAGAACGGCUCCCCUCUUCUCCUGACUGGUAAACUCGGCCAGGACUUCACCGUCGCGCAGGGCCAGACCGCCGCCAAGUUGUGUGCCAUCAACAUGAUCGCUCAGGUGAAGGAAGCAUGCGCAGGAGAUCUGUCUAGAGUGAGGUCAGUCGUGAAGGUGGAAGCUUUCGUUAACUCUACUCCAGAGUUCAAGGAGCAUCCACAAGUGGUGAAUGGAUGUAGCGACCUGCUCGUCAGCGUUUUUGGUGAUGACAUCGGACGUCACAGUCGCUUCGCCGUCGGCUGUUCGUCCCUUCCAUUGGGUGUAGCUGUUGAGAUCGGCGCAGUCUUCGAGCUGGCCGAUUGAUAACUAUAGAUCAUUCUGCAGAGGUGUUACUGCUUUGAUCAAUUCUCCCACUAUUUUUCUAC